AUGUGGGGCCGCGUGGCUGGGAGCCGUGCUCCUCUGGGCCUGCUCCUGGUCUGUCUUCACCUCCCAGGACUCUUUGCCCGGAGCAUUGGUGUAGUGGAGGAGAAAGUUUCCCAGAAUUUAGGGACCAACUUGCCUCUUCCUGGGCAACCUUCCUUGACCGGUGCCUCCAACUCUGAACGUCCUCGCCCUGAACCAGACCCGAGGUCUAACGAUCUAGCAAGGGUUCCUCUGAUUCUCCACGCUCGUCCAUCAGAUGGUGCCCAGCCUGCAGGAGGUUCUGGGGGGCAGAGGUGGCCUCCAUCUGGGGGGCUGCCUGCCAUGGAUUCCUGGCCCUCUGCAGAUCCUUGGCAGGUGAUGGCUGCUGUGGCUGAGGACCACCUGGGGGAAGUGCUGCCUGAAGGACUGUCUUACCUUUCCAGUGCUGUCGCCCUCCCUCUGGGCAGCGGCCCUUUGCCUGCAGAGUCCUUUGCACACUUUGCAGGCCCCUCACCUGAGGCUUCACCCUUCCACCAGGACUCGGAGUCCAGACGGCCCCCCCGUUCUAAUGUGCUGGGAGCCCAGAGAGAAAUCCUUGCUCAACGCCCACCCUGGUCUCUCAUCCACAGGGUUCUCCCUGGUCACCCCUGGGGGACCCUGAAUCCCAGUGUGUCCUGGGGAGGUGGAGGUCCUGGGACUGGGUGGGGAACAAGGCCCAUGCCACACCCUGCGGGAAUCUGGGGUAUCAAUAAUCAAUUUCCGGGUACCAGUUGGGGGAAUAUUAAUCGGUAUCCAGGAGGCAGCUGGGGAAAUGUUAAUCGGUAUCCAGGUACUAGUUGGGGAAAUAUUCAUCCACAGCCAGGUAUCAAUAAUCAAUUUCCUCCCAGAAUUCUCCAACCUCCUGGUUCUUCUUGGGACAUCCCAGCUGACAUCCCCAGUCCUCAGAACCCUGGGUCUCAGUGGGGCUAG